AUGGCAUCUACAUUUGUAUUGUGUGAUUCCUGCUCUAGACAUAACAAAUCAUCUGAUAGAAUAAAGUAUUGUACAGAUUGUGAAGACACUUUAUGUACCGAGUGUACUUUUAUGCACUGUGCUGUUCAACGUAUUUCUUCUCACCACUUGAUUGAUGUGUCUGCGUUCAGAAUCAAGAAGAACUGCAAUGAACAUGAAGACUUGUCUUAUGAGUUUUACUGUUCCGAUCAUAAUUGUAUGGUAUGUCAAAUGUGCAUUGACAACAACCAUCGUAACUGCGGUAAAAUUCAAACAAUAGAUAUACCUGCUAAAGGAUGUAGAUCAUCAUUAAUGUUAAAAGAUGUUACAAAAGACAUUAAGUCAUUACUCAAUUCGACAAAGGAGAUGGUAGAAGAAAGACAAAAGAAUAAGACACGUGUAGGGCAGAUUAAGGCAAAAGUAUUAAAGGAAAUAUCUAGGUUCAGACAGAACAUCAAUGAUCAUCUUGAUCAACUUGAACGGAAACUUUACUCUGACGUGGAUAUUAUAGACAAAACGAUUUGCAAAAAGGCAGACAAAGAUUUCUGUGAGGCUCACGAGAGGCACAAUUCGUUGAAAAUGUAUGGGAGAAAGUAG